AUGGCGUCUAGAAUGGGACCCCGAAGCGUCAAGGACGCAACACGCUUCACAUCGACCAUUCCUCACGCCACCUCUAAAACAGCCGGUGCGGCCGGAGGACGAGCUGCAGCGACGACACCGAAGCCCUCGCCACGGCUUCCUGGUGAGACUCCAGAGCAGAGGGUUCGACGGUUGAGACAGGCGCACAUUGCGGCGCAAAAGGCACAGAUUAGCCGAACGGAUCGAGUUAUCGAUGCGUCGAGGAGGUUUUUGGACGUGGCGCAUCGAUGGACCGUUGGUGGCAUCGUCGUCUUCACAGCCGUCGCAGGCGUAGUCAGCGUCUACUCCGUCUGGGACAUGCUCCAGUACAACCGCGCCCGACGCGCCGAAUGGAUCGAAGCCCAAAAGAAACUCGAGGCCGACUCCCUCGCCGCCGCGCGUAUAGCCUACCUCAAGGGCACUGCGACCGAAGAACAGAUCCUCUUGGUUGAAGAAGCCAACCGCGAAGCUGAAGAGAAGGGCAUCAAACUACCGCCGCUCCUGUCGCCACCUGAACACCGGACGCAUUUCGAAGAACAUUUGAAACCAAAAUUCUCAGGGGAGGAGGAUACUGAGAAGCAGGAAGGAAAGGGUGUAUUUGGUGUUUUCUCUGGCCUGCUUGGCAGCUCAAAGGCUGCUGAGACGACGACCCCCGCUGCCUCCACGGCAGUUGGUACUGAGGGUGGUGUAGUGCAGUCCAUCGAGACCAAGGCGAAGGGUAUAUGGGAAACAGAGAGGCAAAAUCAAAUCAAUGGCGGUAGUUUGGACCAACUGGGUUUGGAUACUGGCAGUUCAGGGCAAAAGGCGGGCAAACGCGGCUGGUGGCCGUGGUAG